UGGGGGAGGAGUAAGGGUAUAAAAGAGCAACAUGUGGCUCUGGGUCUUAGUCUUGUCAACACUCAGCUUGUGUGCAGUAUGAAGCUUUAUCUUCAGUCAGUCGGUCAGCUCGCCUUCCUGAGCCUCUGCUAUGUACUGAUCAUAGUGAGUCAGUCAGACAGCACGUUUGUCCCGGGAAGAUGUCUGUGUCCAGAAGCGCAACAGGGUGUCAGAGGGCAACUAAAAGAUUUCACUGUCUACCCAAAGAGCCCCAGAUGUCACAAAGUCACAGUAAUAGUGAUACUGAAGAGUAACAAUUCAUCAGUGUGUUUGGAUCCAGAGGGACGGAUGGGCAAACAGCUAACUCGCUGCUGGAAUAAAGCUAAGAAGUUGGGUCGUGAUGUGAAGUUGUGCCUGGGAAGGAGGAGAGGGAAAGGAGUUCAGCGUCGCCGCCAGAAGAGCCGAAACCAGAGCAGGAGCCGAGGCCAGAGCAGAAACACAGCACUGACUCUUAAAUCUUAAAAAUUAGCCUGGAGGACGUUACUUCAUGGAGAGAAAGGUGUACCUGCAUGUUCUUACCACACUGUGAAGUCCAGGACACCUGAGGCUGUUCAAAUAAACAGCAUGCAACGCGUUCAAUAAAUGUCACACAGCUCAAACAUCAAGCUCCCCAAGUUGUUGACUAGGCUGUAAAUCCAACACGUUCACGCAACAGCAGUAGGGGGAUUGUUUUCUCUGUUUAAAUGUCUGAUGUGAUGUUGAAAACUUAGCCCUGGAGGCUAAUAAAUAACUGUCAUAAAUGUUAACAGUUUAAGCUUUAAAACACUGUUAAAUGGUCAAUGUAUUGUUUAUGUGUGGUUCUGUGUAUGCAGCUGGAGAAGACAAUUCAAGAGACUUAGUUGGCUAUUUAUUUUUAUAUGAACACUGUUUUUUAAAUAAAUAUAUUGGAACUAUA